CCCCCGAACUCCCGCCCUGCGAAUUAUGUAAAGCAUGACAGAAAGGCUGCCUAGCUACCUCGACGCCGCCAGCGGCUUUCUGAAAAGAAGGCGAUAAGUAUCGCCAUCGUCCCGGCGCUACGGGUCACUGUGGAAGUAACAGCGGUUGUGUCGGCUGGUCGUGGGUGGCCCAUUUGCGUUCCCCUAGUAUCGCUGUCGCUCUUUACCGCCGCAGGGCUCCGUCUGCCCACGUCCUCGAGGCAUUAAGUUGUCGCAAAUACCGCAGAAGCUAUAAAGCUCCCGGGGACGCCUCUCCUGCGUAUUUCGUGUCGCUUCUUUGUUUUGUCAUCCCAACUUUCGAACCCACGUCGUCCCAUAUCGCCCGACCGCAAUGGAUCGCAUAAAAUCCAUCUUCGCGCCGGCCAAGGCUACCGAGGAGGAGUACGAGCCUCUUACAGACGACUCGGGAACCCUCGAGGGGUCCGUGUAUGACGAGGAUGAAGAGGAGUCGUUCUCAUGGCUUGAGUACUCCAUAUUUGCUGUGAUUGGCGUUGCAAUGCUUUGGGCUUGGAACAUGUUCCUAGCCGCGGCACCAUACUUCCAAACCCGCUUCGAGUCGGACGAGUUCCUGAUGCAGACGUCGCAGUCGGCCAUCAUCUCGGUGUCGACGAUUAGCAACCUCGUUGCCAUGUACAUAUUGACCAACAUCCAGUCCUCGGCAAACUAUGCCUUCCGGAUCAACACGGCCCUGUUCUUGAACGUGGGCAUCUUCGGUCUCCUGGCCGUCUCGACGUCGUACUUCGUCGAUAUUUCGCCGUCGUCCUACCUAGCGUUCCUGCUCGUCAUGGUCGGCCUGAGCGCCUUGGCUUGCGGGCUGAUGCAGAACGGCGCCUUCGCCUACGCGGCGAGCUUCGGCCGCCCCGAAUACACGCAGGCCAUCAUGGCGGGGCAGGGUGUGGCGGGUAUCCUCCCACCGCUGGCCCAGAUGCUAUCUUUCCUGGCCGUCCCGCCCCCUACUGUAGAUCCCGAAGCGAGCCCCGGAGGUUCCCCCCCAGCCGAGGCCGGCAAGGCCGCGUUCAUCUACUUCAUGGCGGCCGUGCUCGUGUCUGCCGCGGCCAUCUUUGCCUUUGUUCCGCUCACGCGGCGGCACGACCGGCUCAUCGAGCGGCGCAUGGCCCAGCAGCUCGCCGAAUCGGUCACUAGCAUCGAGGAGGCGGAGCGCGCGGCCCGGCGCUUCGUCAGCAUCCCCACCCUGUUCCGGAAGCUCCACUGGGUUGCGGCGUCCGUGUUCAUGUGCUUCGUUGUCACCAUGUUCUUUCCCGUCUUCACGGCCAAGAUCCUGUCCGUGCGCGAUGGCGGCGGCGAGGCCGACACUACGCCUCCGCGCCUGUUCGCCCCGGGCGCCUUCAUCCCGCUGGGGUUCUUCUUCUGGAACCUCGGCGACCUACUCGGCCGCAUGUCGACCAUCCUGCCCUUCUCGCUGCGCCACCGCCCCAGCGCCCUCUUCGCCAUCAGCAUCGCCCGCGUCUUGUUCCUGCCCCUAUACCUGCUGUGCAACAUCCGCGGGCGCGGCGCCGUCGUGAACAGCGACCUCUUUUACCUGCUGCUCGUUGAGCUGCCCUUUGGCUUGACCAACGGCUGGCUCGCGUCUAACGCCAUGAUGGCGGCGGGCGAGUGGGUCGCCGACAGCGAGCGCGAAGCCGCCGGCAGUUUUAUGGGCAUGUGUCUGGUUGCCGGUCUGACGGUGGGCAGCUUGUUGAGCUUCACCGUUGCCGGGAUAUGAAGUUGCAGAACAGUGAAAGAGGGCAUGUUGCAUUGGUAAGGGAGUACGGAUAUUUUUGCCUCGGCGUUUGACAAGGAUACAGAAUGUAUCUCUUUUUUUGCGGGGGAUCAUGUUUACAUUCUCUUUUUUGCUAGAAUUGCUUUUUUCAUAUUG